UCUACAACUCUGAUACUACCGAGACCAUAGAAACUCCACUGGCCGGUCUAUUUUAGGUCUCUGUUUCCCGUUUUAUCUGCCGGCUGAUGAGACAUCGCUGCUGUUUAAUCGGUGUGACAUCAUCAAUUUUCCGUCACUACCAUUAAAUAUAUCUAACAAGGCUGCGUAACCGCGAAAGACAAGGACAAAGCUACGUAAGUGGGACAGCGCGACACGGACUUCAUAACAACAGCUCCGACACAGUAUGGCGUCCAGGGAGCCGCCACUUGCUGUAGCCAAACAGCAGGGUGAUGGCAGGGAGCGUUUCACGAAGUUAUUUUGAGUAAGCAUGUGAACAACAGAGGAUGACAUGGCAGAAGCGGCAAGUCCACCGGGAAGCGCGUCCAGGGUGCAGUUUGACUCGGCUUUUCCCUAUGAGGAGUACGAGUGCAAAAUAUGCUACAACUACUACGAUUUGGAUCGCAGAACACCGAAAAUUUUGGAAUGCUUGCAUACAUUUUGCGAAGAGUGUUUAAACACUUUGCACCUCCGUGAAGACCGACCUUGGCGCAUAGGAUGUCCGCUUUGUCGCCACAGAACGCCUGUGCCAGAAUACAGGAUACAAAACCUUCCGAACAAUACUAAAGUGACCGACGCUUUCCCCCUCUACUUUGACUCUGAUCCCCUUCCACAGGAUAGUUUGCCGCCCUAUCCCCCACCACUACACCCCGCACUCAUAGCACUUCGUCGGGAGGAAUCGAGCCGAGCAGCAACAGGAGCCUCGGCGGAGGACAGUGCGUCGGUCUCGGUGGCUGCUGCAUACGAAGCUGCAGGUUAUGAGUCCUGUCAGACUUGUAAGCGAGUUGCCUUCACCACGGGUUGUGUGUGCGCUAUCUUUGCUUUCCUGUCCAUGUUGGUGUUGUUAUUUUUAGGUCUCUUGUUCAUUCACAACUACAACAAUCCGCCGUCGCCAGUGGGGCCCAUCUGUCUGUCUGUGGCCAGCAUAUUGGCGAUGUUUUCAGUCGUUGUCACGUGGUUGAUGUGUUGGCUGAAAUACCGACCCGAACCGGACAGCGCGCGGUCCACCAUUGGUGGCAAUCGACGAAAUACCGAUAGAUAGAUUUGUCUUGUCUUGUGCAGACCUAAUGUAGGCCUUUAUCUAAACACAUACAUCCGAAAUAAAUGCAAUUUAUGUACAGAGAGAAAACCAAUGAAUAGUUGUGCCACGUAAGACUGCUGGUCAGAGACUCUUCAGACAAUCACUUACAAAUGGUAAUAUGUAAUCCUGCUGUGACUUGUGCUGACCUACAUAUCAAGAAGGUAAUCUGUAUAGGCCCUGUGGAUUAAAUGCAAACGUAUAUAGGUCAGGAUUAAUUGAGAAGAACAUUGUAAAGUUUACUAUCACCGAGAGUUUGAUGAUAAAUAAAAUGUUUGUCCAAUCAGAUAUAGAAGCCUCGCUCACUAUUAGCCAGU